CCUCCUUGUACCCUCCCAAACUGCACUCCACAUCUCACCCACCACAAUUCCUCCAUGGCUCGCACGCACGGUGUCAAGCUCAAUCCCCUCUUUACUUGCUCUCCCAGCGGGGAGCGCUAUCACGCACAAGUCCCCAUAAAUUGGGACGUACGCUACCACCCGGCGCGUUCUGCAGAAAUAGCAGACAUGCCUAUGUUAUCAUCCCACCUAACACAAUUUGCAACUAAUCCCCCACUUCCAAAGUUGCACCUUGUCUGUGAUCUAUUGUCCCCUGAAUGGGUGAUUGUAGCCCGUAACCCAACGGGGGUGACAGUGCAGGAUGUGUUGGAAGCCAUUUAUGAGACGCUCUACCGCCUCCUGCAGACGUACGAGUGGGAGGGCAUGUCGCUCAAGCAGCGCAGUCGGAUUGAAGAGGUACAUCUUGCGCGAUGCGCGGCGUCUUCGGACCCCGAGCGCACACGUUUAGCGGGAGUCCGCAGAGGGGACUGUCUGCUCUCCACCACCAUGUUUGCUGGAUUGACCUCGUUGGUCAGGAGGAGAGAGCAGUGGGAGGUAGUCCUCACGCUGUCACGGGAUUUCAGACCCCGCGUCUACUAGCGCCCUCAUAGCUUCUCUUCAGCAGUGCUGACCGAGAACGCGGCGCGUUUUUUCUUCCAUCAUGGAUGGAAGAUUCGAUUUGAUUCAGUUAUGAGCUAAUUAUUGUUUGCUGAUUUUAUCUUACUAUGCCCAGACUCCUCCUGUUUUCAAAGCGUCGUCAUGACUCGUCAGGUGUGUGUUACUAGUGUCGACAUCCUAGCAUUGUGUAUCUUUUCUCACUACGUAUUGCGUUAUUGCGCCCCGUGUAUCAAGUUUUGAACCCUGUACUUAUAGCUUAUAGUCUCUGUCCCUGUAUCGUUACCCC